UCUCCUACGGGGUCCUCGAGGAUCCUGGCUGUCCCUGCCUCUCCCUGGGGUCUCCAAUUAGAAGCCGGUGUUCCCAUCACGUGGUCUGUCCACCUCGGUCCUCUCAUAAGGUCCACCUCCCCACUUCUUGGUCCACGCCCAUCCUAUCCACGAUCCCCGCCCAGGAGGGAGCCCGAGUCAGAGGAGGGUGGAGGGGCCGGGCGGGGCCGAGGCGGGGCCAUGCUUGUCCCUCAGUCUCCUUUCCUGGCUUUCAGCACCUGCCGCUGUCCUCAACCUUCACUCUUGGCACUUCCAGCAGUCAAAGAUGUCCCAAGUCAAGCAAGUGGGCCUCUUGGCUGCUGGAUGUCAGCCUUGGAACAAAGAUGUCUGUGCAGCCAGUGGGGACAGAUUUGCUUACUGUGCUACUCUGGCAAUCUAUAUUUACCAGCUGGAUCAUCAGUACAAUGAAUUCAAAUUAUAUGCAAUUAUGUCUGAACAUAAAAAGACAAUCACUGCAAUUUCUUGGUGUCCCCAUAACCCAGACAUCUUUGUGAGUGGCAGUGCAGAUCCUUUAGUGAUCAUUUGGAAUGUGGCUGAGCAAAAAGUUGUGGCAAAACUUGACAAUACAAAAGGAGUUCCUGCUUCCCUUAGCUGGUGCUGGAAUGCUGGAGAUACUGUGGCAUUUGUUUCCCACAGAGGCCCGCUGAAUAUUUGGACUAUUUCAGGACCAGAUCUAGGUGUAACUGUACACAGAGAAGCCCACAGCUUUUUGUCUGAUAUUUGUCUCUUUAGAUGGCAUCCCCAAAAAAGAGGAAAAGUUGUAUUUGGACAUACUGAUGGAAGCCUCUCACUCUUUCAGCCAGGUUCUAAGGGUCAGAAACAUGUUCUGAGACCUGAAUCUCUUGAAGGGACAGAUGAAGAUGAUCCUGUGGCAGCUUUGGAGUGGGACCCACUGUCUACUGACUAUCUCCUUGUGGCGAAUUUACACAAUGGCAUUCGCCUUGUAGAUUCUGAAUCACUCUCUUGCAUCACAACAUUUAAUUUUCCUACGGCAGCAGCAUCAGUACAGUGUUUAGCCUGGGUUCCUACUGCACCUGGGAUGUUUGUAACUGGAGAUUCCCAAGUUGGGAUACUUAGAGUUUGGAAUGUUUCAAGGUCAACACCUCUUGAGAAUUUUAAAUUGAAGAAAACAGGAUUUCAUGUUUUACAUGUACUUAAUUCUCCCCCAAAGAAAAAAUUUUCAGCAUAUUCUCCAACCAAAAAUCAUUAUACAUCCUCAACUAGUGAAGCUGUUCCUCCCCCAAGUCUGACACAGAACCAAGCCUUUUCUCUUCCACCUGCCCAUGCAGUCUGCUGUUUUAUGGAUGGAGGAGUUGGGCUUUAUGAUAUGGGAGCCAAGAAAUGGGAUUUUCUUAGGGACUUGGGGCAUGUGGAAACUAUCUUUGACUGCAAAUUUAAACCUGAUAAUCCUAAUCUUUUAGCAACAGCUUCAUUUGAUGGAACUAUAAAAGUCUGGGAUAUAAAUACAUUGACAGCAGCCUAUACCUCUCCUGGUAAUGAAGGAGUUAUUUAUUCUGUUUCUUGGGCUCCAGGUGAUUUAAACUGUAUUGCUGGAGCAACUUCACGAAAUGGUGCUUUUAUUUGGGAUGUUGAAAGAGGCAAAAUGGUAGCCCGAUUCAAUGAGCAUGGAAAGAAUGGAAUAUUCUGCAUUGCCUGGAGUCAUAAAGAUUCCAAAAGAAUAGCAACAUGCAGUGGUGAUGGAUUCUGUAUUAUUCGCACAAUUGAUGGUAAAGUUCUCCACAAAUACAAACAUCCUGCUGAAGUUUUUGGUUGUGAUUGGAGCCAAAACAACAAAGAUAUGAUAGCUACUGGCUGUGAAGACAAAAAUGUCCGUGUUUAUUACUUAGCCACCAAUUCUGAUCAGCCGCUGAAGGUGUUUUCUGGACAUACGGCCAAGGUGUUUCAUGUAAGAUGGUCUCCUUUGAGAGAAGGCAUACUAUGCAGUGGUUCUGAUGAUGGUACUGUUCGAAUAUGGGAUUAUACACAAGAUGCUUGCAUAAAUAUACUUACUGGACAUACCGCACCUGUCCGGGGAUUAAUGUGGAAUACUGAAAUCCCCUAUCUACUAAUAUCGGGCAGCUGGGAUAGUACUAUCCGGGUGUGGGAUACUCGAGAAGGAACCUGUCUGGAUACUGUAUAUGACCAUGGUGCAGAUGUAUAUGGAUUAACGUGCCAUCCAAGUCGUCCCUUCACGAUGGCAUCGUGCUCCCGUGAUUCCACAGUGAGACUCUGGUCAUUAAUACCUUUAAUCACUCCUCUACAAAUAAACAUUCUGGCAGAUAAAUCUUGGGAAGAAAUCAUUGGGAACACUGAUCGUGCUAUGGAACCAAGUGCCCCACCUCUCUUGUGUGGUAAAGUAUCAAGAGAGAUGAAGCAAGACAUAGAAAAACUGACAAGUAAUCUGCGAGGAAGAAAACUAAGAUGGUUUUCAGAAUGUUUAUCACCUCCAGGAGGCAGCAAAAAUUUAUGGGACCUAGUUGCAGUAAUACAAGGACAAGAUGAUAGUUUACUUCCCCAGGAUUACUCCAAAGGAAUUAUGCAUAUGAAACAUCUGGUUAGAUUUAAAACUUCCAAAGCACAAGAACUAACCACAGUCAAAAUGUCUAAGUUUGGAGGUGGCAUUGGUGCACCUAGUAAGGAAGAACGCCUGAAGGAAGCUGCUGAGAUACACUUGAGAUUAGGACACAUUCAAAGAUACUGUGAGCUUAUGGUUGAACUUGGAGAGUGGGAUAAAGCACUCUCAGUUGCGCCAGGGGUCUCAAUGAAAUACUGGAAGAAGUUAAUGCAGAGGAGAGCAAAUCAGUUAAUACUGGAAGAAAAUGAUGAUGUCAUCCCAUACUGCAUUGCUACGGGGGAUAUAAAAAAGCUAGUUAAUUUUUUUACUUCAAGGGGUCAACUGAAAGAAGCCCUGCUGGUUGCACAGGCUGCUUGUGAGGGAAAUAUACAGAUUCCACAAGUGUUUGUACAUAAUGGAUCUUCAUAUUCUGAUGGAAUCAACAUGGAUGAUAACAAUGAACUUUUACAGAGGGUCAGUAAAGAACUGGCGGAAUGGUAUUUCCAGGAGGGACGGGCAGUGCUAGCAGCAUGUUGCUAUCUUGCUGUAGAUAAUAUUGAGCUUGCCAUGGCAAACCUGAUUCGUGGAAAUGAACUUGAGUUGGCUGUCAGUGUGGGCACCGUCUUAGGAGAGAAUGCAGCACCAGCAACCCAUUACGCCUUAGAAUUACUAGCAAGAAAGUGUAUGACAAUUCCAACAUGCUUUCCAUUUCUUGGAUACAGGGAUUUGGCUACAGACCUUCUCAUGAGAAUUCCUAAUAAUGAGUUGCACUUAGUCAAACUUUGUGCUUUCUACCCAGGAUCCACUGAAGAGAUAAAUGACCUACAUAAGAAGUGUAAUCUACCUACAAUAGAAGAAUGUACACGAUUAGCAGAGACUGCCCAUGCAGAUGGAAAUAUAUUUGAAACUAUAAAGUAUUACUUGUUAAGUGAAGAUCCUGAAAAAGCCCUUCCUAUUGGUAUUCGCUUCAUCAAACAACAAAUAAGCCAUUCAGACUGGACCUUGGAUACAAUCGAUCCAAUUCUUGACCUUAUGAGUUACAUCCGCACUGAAAGACUAAUGCUACAUAGAUGUAGUGAAGUGCGAAAUGAGUUGCUGAUAUUAUGUGGUUAUGUUGGUGCUUUGUUAGCAAUCAGAAGACAGUAUCAGAGCAUUGUGCCAGCCCUUUACGAGUAUACAAGCCAGCUUUUAAAACGGAGGGAUGUGUCAGUCCCUUUGAAAAUUGAACAACUUUCUGAAGAACUAGAUGCUUGGAGAUCUUGCCUACAGCCAGUCAACAGAUCAACAGAACUUCCACAUACUUCUCCAACUGACUCCCAAAGAAUGAUUUAUGAAAGUCUACUAAAGAAAAUGAAGGAAGAGCCACUCAGAGAAAUCACUGGACCAGAUUAUGUCACUGGUUCGAAUCUUCCCAGUCAUUCAGCUGUUUAUAUCUCUUGUCUGACAGGAUUAAAGAUCCAGGGUCCUGUCUUUUUCCUUGAAGAUGGAAAAUCAGCAAUUUCACUAAAUGAUGCUCUGAUGUGGGCAAAGGUGAAUCCAUUCUCCCCCUUAGGGACAGGAAUACGACUCAAUCCAUUCUGAAAGAAAUCUUUUUCUCCAUACUAAAUUACUUUGGAAAGAAGAGGGAAGAAACAUGCAGGUUAAUGUUACCUUAACCUCUGAUGUUGAAGGACAGAGAAAUGGUAGUUGAUUUUAUUUUGAAUGACAAAUGUAUUUGAAUUGUGGAAUUUUUAUAUAUAAGGGAGGGAAAAAAAGGAAAAUGAUGAAAAUGAAACACCUAAGUAAUUUAAAGGAAAAUCACCACAUUUUUAAUUUAAUUGAUAGUCAUAUUUGGAAGAAAAGUUAAUAUCCUUUUUAUCAAGCAAUUAAAAGAUUUAAAUUACAAGAGACUAUACUAUCUGCAAUGUAUAAAAAUCCUUUGCACACUUAAAAAAAUACCAAAAUACCAAGCAGUUAAAACAUCUACAUUUAUUAUGUUUCAAAUACAUAAAACGACAAGAUAAGCAUUAUGCCCUGACAUGUUUCAGUGGAAACUGAAUCACUACUUAUUUUGGUUUGUAAAAUAUGUAAUUAUCCCUUUUUAUCUUUAGCUCAUGUUUAAUAAAAUAUUUCUCUUAGAAAUUUGAUAAGUGUAAAUAAAUGUAUGCAUAGUUCAAUCAACUCAAUUUUCAAGGUCACAUGAAAAGUUUGCCUACAUAAUUACAUAUGCUUCCAUAUUAAUGAAACAAACUGACAAAAAUUAUAAAAUUCAGUUAGGUAUCGGGAACUUUGCAGAAUCAAUGACAACUCCUCACUUUUCCUCUAAAUAGCUGAAAUUAUUUAGAUAGACAUGGCCUAAUUGUUUAAUUGUAUUUUGAUUAACAUUUUUAAAGUGUGUGUGUGUGUGUGUGUGUGUGUGUGUGUGUGUGUGUGUGUGUAUGAGUGAUAAACCUAUCCCUAAUCAGUUGGUCUUAACUAAUAAUUUUGAGAUAGUAGAAAAUGUGUUCAUGGGAACAAUUUGGAAUAAGUUCCUGUAAGGAAACCACACAUUUUAUCCAAAACAAACACUAUGCAAAUUUAAAUCUUGUUCCUUUUCAACUAUUUGAAAACAGAGCCUUAUGUUUGACUACAAGGAUAAUAAUUUAAUCAGAUUGGGUUGUUUCUGGAACCUGCCUAUGAAAAAAUUAUUAAAAUUAACACAGCUAAGACAGGGCUUUGAUACUCUGGCAAUUAUUUGAGAAUAUUAUCAUAGACUUUGAUAUGUCAUUCCAGGUUAGGAACAUAGAGCCAUAAUAUUUUUUCUCCUUAAAACUGCUUCCAAAGCCUCUUCAUAUUUUCCUUGAGUAAUCUGAUGGCACAAAGAACAAAAAUCUACUGUUUGUGUAAUCUCAUUGACUAAAAAAAAAAAAAGGCUUGAAAUUCUUUCUAUUCUUAGUGGGGUUUAUGUAUAUACACAUAUAUACUUUUCACACUAUCAAAGUUUAAAAUUUUCAUCAACUAUCAUUUACCAUAUGGGGAAAAGAUGGAUAGCCAUGUAAAUAUUAAAAGUCCCAUACUUAGGAUAAUUCAGCUAAGUUCUAUUGUCAUUCUUAAUUUUCUAAGCCGAUAACAACAAAGUUUAUCUUCAAUUAAAAGUUAAAACUUUUAAACAUGUACAAUCAUUACCUUAUUACUAUGUUUAUUAAUACAUAAAAACAGCUUGUAGUGUUAUAGAUAAAACUGUAAACACUUCAAUUUUCAUUUUGUACAACAAAAAAUGCAAAUUGUGAACAAAUUGUUCUACCUUUUUAGACCCAAAAAACAUAAGCAUAUACCAUAUUUACUGGAAGAAAAAAAUUAAUCCUGAGGGGAUAACUGCAUCUGCUACUGUGUUGCUCUUUCAAUAUUUUGUAAUGUUCUAAACAUAAAUAUCAAGCUAAUAUAAUUUACUAUUACCAUUCAUUCUUUUUAGAACAUUAAAUAUGCCAUUUAACUGGA